GGGCAGGCUCAGACGGAAGAUGAAGGCACACAUUGAAAACGGCGUCGUGUAUUCGCCGUUUCCUAGCACGGAUAUUCCUUUGUGUUCAGCCUACACGGUCAUCGAGGAGACUCUAUCCAAAUAUGCGGAACGGGUGGCCUUUGUCGAAGGUUCAACCGAAACAACGAGAGCUGAGUUAUUAGCGUUCAUGAAGCGCUAUGCCGUAGGCUUCCAAAAGCACGGCGUUGGUCCAGGGGAUCGAGUGUGUGUCCACCUGAGGAACAGCUUGGAGAACCUUGUUGCCAUGUAUGGCGCCAUCUUCGCUGGAGCUACACUGGUACUGGCGAAGACGUCUCUCACUGAAAGAGAACUGCGUGGCCAGAUCGUCGACAGUGACUGUACACAUGUUCUCACAGACGUUGAAUUGGGAGAAAAAGUGACGAAGGCAGUUUCAUCUCUUGAACUCAAGGGUCUAUUAGCAAUGGGUUCUGUGGCUGGUUUUGUAAAUGCCGCCUCCUUCAAGUACAUGGACCAAUCGGCCUUCAGAGAGUGCGCUGUCGGAGAUCCUCGUGAAGCUGUCCUCGUUGUCGUCUACACGUCGGGCACCACAGGACUUCCGAAAGGCGUCGAGCUUACGCACUACAGCUUCGUUGCCAACUUCUACAUAUCCAAACCGUGCAUGUCAUCUGACGAAACGGAUACUGUGCUCGCUUCUGCUCCUAUCGCCCACCUGUCUGGGCUGCUGCUUGGAAUGAUGGCUGUUCUUGAUGGAUCGGUCUGUGUCCUUGCACAGCCAGGCCUCAGCUUGCAAGAAAUAAUUAAACUUGCGAAUGAGCACAACAUCACGUCCAUGUUCUCAUUUCCGACGCGACUUCAAACCUUGGCAGAAGAGGUGCUGCGUUACGGAGAGCGGAUAAGGAGCAUCCGUCGCAUCGGCGUUGCCGGCGGUGUACUUUCACAAGCGACGUAUGAUGCAGCCUUCAAGGCAUUCGAGAAUCUCGAGUGCUUGGUUGUCAUGUACACUAUGACGGAGAGCGGCGGUAUCGUCUGCUCAACUUCUCUGCAAGAGGCCAUAGGAACGGACAUGGGAUUUCCAGGCGCCAUGGUUGAAAUCAAGGUGGUGGACCCUGUCAGUAGAACUAAGCUGGGUCCAAAUGAGCCAGGCGAAAUCUGCUUCCGCAUGCCGACAGUCAUGCGCGGCUAUUACAAACGACCAAAGGAGACAGCAGAAUUCUUCGAAGGAGAUGGCUGGUGCCGAUCAGGCGAUGUUGGUUAUUAUGACGAGGAAGGGCGCUUCCAUUUUGUCCAGAGGUUGAAGGAGAUGAUCAAAUGUAUGGACAACCAAGUCGUUCCUGCUGAGCUUGAGCAAUUGCUGCUUCAGGAGCACUCGGAAGAUAUUGCCGAAGUGGCAGUGGUGGGGCUACCGCACCCUACAUAUGGAGAAGCACCAGCUGCUGCGGUAGUGCCCCGGGACAAGUCCAUGAGUUACGAGGCUUCGGGGACCUUGGCGGAUAAGAUUAAGGCAACCAUUUCAGGAAAACUGGCUGUCCACAAGCACUUGUACGGGGGUGUAUUUUUGUUGGACUCCUUGCCAAAGACGGAAACGGCAAAAUUAAACAGAGCAGCGACAGCCGCGGAAUGUGCUCGUAAAGUAAGUUUCUAAUAAAUAAAGUUGCAAUUUUU